UAAAGGAAGGGCUGUGACUCUCUACAUGAUGUGAGACAGAGGGGGCGGCGCCCUAGCGCCCUCUAUUGACCAGCCGCCCCUGGCAAGAGGCAUCAUCCAGCGCCGUUGAUUGGAGCACAGACGUGUGCACGCGUUUGUCAUGAGCUCCCCUGAUUGGCUGGUUUCCAAAGUCAACAGCUGGAUUGCCACCCUGAGAGUCUGACACACCUGACGGGGCAACACACAUCUCAGGAUACGGGAAUGAACGGCGUGGUUUGGGGACUCUCAUCACAUGGCUCCAUCAUGCAAUCCGACAGCAAACGUUUCCAGCCCUGGAGGGACUACAUGGGACUGUCAGACACCGUCAAAGAGAUGCUGAACCGGAAUGCGAUCUCUGAUUCCUCCCUGAAUGCAUCCAAUCCUUCGCAUUCGGAAUCUGAUGGUUUGGCUGUGGUGUCUGGCAGUUACGCAUUUGACAGAAGUGGCCGCGAGGCGGACAGUGCGCCAUAUUUUCAGCCAAAAUCUCCACUGCGAUGCAGCUUCUAUAACCAGCACCCAGAUGAUGAUUUGCGUCCAAAUUCCGCUCCACCAGUAGUAGAUUUGAAGCCAAAAUCGGCGACUUCCAGGGGGCCAAAAGAGCGCAAGAAGACGACGCGCUUCAAAACGCCUGAGCCGCCAGCGUUGCCUCCGUCUCCUGAGCGCACGUUCUGCAGCUUCUGCAAACACAACGGUGAGUCCGAGCUGGUGUACGGAUCCCACUGGCUGAAGAACCAGGCAGGAGAUGUUCUGUGUCCCUACCUGAGGCAGUACGUGUGUCCCCUGUGCGGAGCCACGGGAGCCAGAGCUCACACCAAGCGCUUCUGUCCAAAAGUGGACAGCGCAUACAGCUCCGUUUACGCAAAGUCCAAACGCUGAACCAACAGGUGGGACGUUGCAAAGAGAGACUACGUAUAAGGCAGAGUUAUUUUUCAGUAAUUAGUGUGAUUUUUGUUGUUCGUGUGUUUUGGUUUGCUUUUUUAUUUGCAUGCUUUGUUUGCUUUGGAGCCUCCAGUUUGCCUGAUUGCAUUUGUUUUGCAGCUGGUCUCGUUGUCAGCCUGCCUUACCUGCGUCUGUUUGGAUCAUGGAAGUUACUUUAAAGAGAACGACUGCCAGAUGUUAUGUUUGGGAGGAGAAAAAAAGAGAAAAUUUUGUAAGUUUUGUUUUGCAGACUUUUAAAACGUGGCCAACUGAUGUCCAUUUUCAUAAUUCCUGUCCAUGCAUUGAAGGAUUAUAACACUAUCUGUGCGUUUAAACGACGUGCAGCCAUCAGAAACAAACUAACUGCGGCAUGUAAACAUCAUGUGGUCAUGUCAGCGUUUUAAAAUUUUAAAAUAUGAGUGUCCUGUUCUGAGGUGUGCAUGUAAAUACUCCUUCUUGAUGCAUGCCAUUUUAUUUUCAUUAUUAUCCAUGUGGAAAAAUAAUCGCAAGUUUUGUGUGAAUAUUCUAAAGGUAUGUCUAUAUUGACCAAA